UUCUAUUUUUAUUUUUUCCUAAAUCACUAAUAAAUGAUGCACAAAUGUGUUUCUAAACAAUUCUUAUUUUUUAUAAUGAUUUGUGAAUUUUCCAUAUUAUAUGGUCUUCUUUUCUAUCUUUCCUUUUUUGGAUUUUUCUCAGUUGCUAUUUUGAGCCACUUUUCGGGCUCAUACAUCAGCUAGGGCAGGGGAAGACUCCCGAGCCCUAACCGAGUAAUUGAGAAAUGAUAAUUUCUCAUGCCAAGAAUUCCUUCUAUCCCUCAAAUGUGUGCUAUAUCCAUGACUUCAACUUUGUUCUCACUAAAUGGUACUAUCCAUUCAAUAUAAGUGAACAUUACACAAAAUAUUGACAAAUCUAAGCGUAUUUGGUUUGUCCGUAGUCCUCUAUGUUCUUCAAGGCCAUUUCCAUAAAAGCCUCAUGCCAUUCUUACAUGGCCAUUCAGGACCCCAUCAGACCUCUAAACAUGAGCUUAGAAACACAUCCAAGUUACCACAAACUUUUAACACUGUAUUUUGUGCUAACCUGUGAUCCAUUGCACCUAUAUGUUUCAGUGUUUUAACAAUCAGCCAAGUUACUCAGCCUCGGCAUGGUGCCGAGGCGAGUUCAGGUGCAUAGCUUUGGUCUGAAUGCACAUGUACAGUACUCGGGCAAGUACUUUACUGGUCGCGUAUUCAAUGGACACCAAGAGCUAUUGGAGAGUGGACUAUGUGAUGCGGUAAUAGUAUCAGCCCCAAACAUGACCCAUUUCCAUAUACUCAUGGAUAUCAUCAAUCACCCAAGGCUCCAUCAUAUACUUGUGGAGAAGCCUUUAUGCACCACAGUUAAGGACUGCAAAAAGGUAAUAGAUUCAGCUAGGAGGAGACCCGAUAUUGUGGUGCAAGUUGGACUGGAAUACAGAUACAUGCCAGCCACUGCCAAGUUAAUUGAUGUAGUUAAGAGUGGAAAACUCGGAAGAGUGCACAUGGUGGCUAUUCGUGAGCAUCGCUUCCCUUUUCUUGUCAAGGUUAACAAUUGGAAUCGAUUCAAUAAGAAUUCAGGGGGAACUUUGGUGGAGAAGUGCUGCCACUUUUUUGACUUAAUGAGGCUUUUUGUAGCCUCAAAUCCAGUUCGGGUGAUGGCUUCAGGCUCCAUUGAUGUGAAUCACAAGGAUGAAGUUUAUGAUGGAAAGGUACCUGAUAUAAUUGACAAUGCAUUUGUCAUCAUAGAAUUUGAAAAUGGCUCACGUGGCAUGCUUGAUCUCUGCAUGUUUGCUGAAGGCAGCAAGAAUGAACAAGAGAUUUCAGUUGUGGGCCACAUUGGAAAGGGGGAGGCCUUUAUGCCCGAAAAUAUCGUCCGUGUGGGUACUCGAGCAGCAGGGGGAGCGGGUGUUGAGACCAUGAAAUCAGAGGAUCCUCGAAUUAGGUAUGAUGGACUUCAUCAUGGGGCCAGUUAUUUGGAGCACCUCAAUUUCUUAGAUGCCAUCAAAGCCCAAGGACGUCAUACUCCUGCUGUUGAUUUGGAAGAUGGGCUUUAUUCUGUGGCCAUGGGAGUUGCUGCACAACUCUCUAUUGAAAAAGGCCACUUCGUGACCAUUAAAGAAGUCAUGGACUAACAAGCGUUGCAAUUUGCUUCAUAUUAUGACUGUUACAUUAUUGUUGCUGCUACUGCUGCCAUUACUGCUAUACUGCUACUUUUACCAUUACUAUGGUUGGUACUACUACAACCAUUACUAAAACUAGCAUUAUUUUGAGAACCCCAAA